UACGAUCCCCGAACUUAUUCAUUUUCUUAGCAAAUUUUGCUUUGAAUUGAAGGUUAUUGUUUACAUUUUUGUUCAAUUAAGUUAAUCAUUAUGUCUGCUGUUUUAAAGUCAACGACUAAACUUGCUGGAUUAGCUGUUAUUGAGAAGCCUGUUCAGGCUUUAUCUAUCGUCUACAGGAGGAUAUUGAGUGUUGUUCAAACGAUGCCAAAGGAAUCUGGGUAUAGAAAUCACACCGAGAAGUUGAUUAAUGAAAGAUUGGCUUAUCUUGAAGAAGAUCCUGAUCACAGGAGAAUGGAGACCAAAUAUAAACUACAAAUGGAGGAAUUGAUUUGGCACGCAGAGGAUGAAUUAAAAUGUGCUCGAAAUAUGGCAAAGUAUAAGGUUUGGGAACCUUUAGUUAAAACACCAUCAGAAACCCAAUGGAAAUGGCCGGUUGUUUAAACCAGUUAAAAGAAUAACAAAAUUGUUCUUGUUAUUGAAUUAGUUGAACCAAAAUAAUAGUUUAAUAAUAACAAUUAUACUGUGUU